AUGAACUUACCAUGUCCCUACUUCCCACAUGGUAAUAAUAUCAGCAAUAUCAGCAAUAUCAGAAUGGAACGCCGAAAAGAUCACUUCCGAAGCCAAUAUCUGUACGAAUCCCCUCAAGACAGAGAAGCAGAUCUUGCGCGCCACGCCGCCCUCUCCGUUCUCCUUGACCGGGAAGCGCUCAUGACGCGUGCUCUGGUGGGGCAGGAGAGUCUCCCCCAAACCCGCCGCCGCUUCACGACAAAAUUUAUGCUCCCCGAUUCCAACCUAAACCUGGGUUCUGGUUCAACUUUGAGUGCUACCUCAGCUGCAGCUGUUAGAGAUGACAGAUUCACCAUCCCCAUCACUGGUUCCCUGGGUACUGUUAAUGAGAAACGGAGAAGAAGUGAUAGUUCCGAUGUAGCUGCUGCUAUCACUGGAAAUGCAAGUGGAAGUACAGGUGCAAGCCCAGUUCAAACCACUACGACUACGGCCACAUUUGUUUCAGUGCAGAGGGAUAUCGUUGAUGUCCAUGAGACGGAUGAUUCGGGGUGGUAUUUCCAUUUAGAUGAUGUUGAUGUUGAAAGGGGGCAGGGGAGGAAAUCAGCUUCAGUGUCAGCGUCAGCAUCUGCAUCGACGACGCCUGAUCGUGCGCGGAGACGGAAGACGUCCGUUGUUUCUGCUUCUGGGUCGUCUGGUUCGCCUAGAUUUCGGAGACGGUAG